CUGAAGAGAGUGUGUGUGACUGUGUUCACUGCUUUGACCUGUAGCUGAAACAGACCUGCUCACAUUUUGUACUCUGGAUAUAACCAGAAGAAGGAUUUUAUUUCACGAAACAAGAUAAGCAAUGUUGAAGCUCCUGAUGCUGGCUGCCGUUGCAGCGCUCCUCCUGCUGUCAGAAGAGGGGAUGUCAGCGAGGACUCUCUCCCGCUCUAAGAGAGAACUAGCCAGCCCGCUGCACCUCAGGGGGAUCCGGGACCCCUUCGGCUCCUACUGCCAGAGGAGAGGAGGCUGCUGCCCCGGCCGAAACGACCAGUGCACUGUCCCGUACCUGGACACCAUCUGUUACUGCGACCUGUUCUGCAACCGCACCGUGUCCGACUGUUGUCCUGACUUCUGGAGCCACUGCCUGGGAACAAAUCCUCCAUACCCUCCCAGUUCUUGUGAAAGGAAUGGCCAAAGGUUUCACUCAGGAGCAACAUACAAAGAGAACUGUAAUUUAUGUACAUGUGGUCAAAAUGGGCGCUGGGAAUGUGAGGAUCACGCCUGUCUGAUAGAGGAUGACAUGAUCCAAGAAAUCAACGGGAGAGGUUACGGUUGGAGGGCAGCAAACUACAGUCAGUUCUGGGGAAUGACCCUGGACGAGGGUCUGCGGUAUCGUCUGGGCACACAACGCCCCUCACGGACCAUUAUGAACAUGAAUGAGAUGCAGAUGAAUAUGAAUGGAAACGAUCAUCUGCCAAGUAACUUCAAUGCAGUGACAAAAUGGCCAGGGAAAAUCCAUGAGCCAUUGGACCAGGGAAACUGCAAUGCAUCCUGGGCUUUCUCAACUGCAGCUGUUGCAUCAGACCGGAUCUCGAUUCAGUCAAUGGGUCACAUGACCCCUCAGCUCUCGCCUCAGAAUCUGAUCUCCUGUGACAAGCGUCAUCAGGACGGGUGCGCCGGGGGGCGUAUCGAUGGGGCCUGGUGGUACCUGAGGAGAAGAGGGGUAGUGACUGAGGAGUGUUACCCCUUCUCCCAGCAAACCCCCGAUGAAGUGGCUCGCUGUAUGAUGCAAACUCGAGCGGUGGGCCGGGGGAAGAGGCAGGCCACAGCGCACUGUCCCAACAGCCACAGCUACCACAAUGAUGUCUAUCAGUCGACCCCUCCGUACAGACUGUCCUCCAAUGAGAAUGAGAUUAUGAAAGAGAUUAUGGAUAAUGGCCCUGUGCAAGCCAUCAUGGAGGUCCACGAGGAUUUCUUUGUGUACAAGAGUGGAAUUUACAGACAUACAGAUGUCAAUUAUCACAGACCGUCACAGUACCGCAAACAUGCAACACACUCUGUCAGGAUAACAGGAUGGGGGGAGGAGAGCGACUACAAUGGGAGAACACAAAAAUACUGGAUUGGAGCAAAUUCAUGGGGGAAGAACUGGGGCGAGGACGGUUACUUCCGCAUCGCUCGUGGUGUGAACGAGUGCGAAAUUGAGACGUUUGUGAUCGGCGUGUGGGGCAGAGUCACCAUGGAAGACAUGCACAACCAUCAUCGUCAUCACGGCCGGCGCAAGUAGAGAUCUGGAGAUCUGCAGAGGGCUCUCUGUAUGAUUUAAACCACAGUCAGUCAGGUCUUGUGAGGGUUUGUUAGAGUCUGUUUUCCACCAAACUGACCAAACCCCAGUGCCUUCUGAAUCUCUUUUCACACCGAAUGCAUACACAGUGGUGUGUCCACUGCCCCCCUCUGUCCAAAUACACAUCUCCACUAAAGGUUUGGUUCCUUUUGGUGAUUAGCAGGAGGAAUGUAAAACUCAAAUUUGUGUAUAUGGCAAAUAUCGUCUUAUUGGUGGAAACCGGCUUGUUACACUCCUUGACUGGACCUCAUACAGUAUAACAAACAGCCACAGGUCUCAGACGCUCUCAGGACUCAGUAUCCAAAGACACACUUCACAAGCACACACACGCUCAGCAUCAUAAUAGAACUAUCUCAAAUGUCUAAUGUAGUGAGAUUCGGAUGAGUCUUACAGUAUGUUUUGUGUUUUUCCGUACAUUAUGCACUCCAUACAUCCUGCUAAAGGAAUAGAGGGAUAGAGGAAGACCAGAAUGGGGGAAGAAGAAGGUUUUUAGGACCAAUAAUUUAUUUAAAAAAAUCCCUAGAUUAGAUUUGCAUUCCAUUGAGAUUAAGGUUGUUUAAAUGUUACUUUUAAGUAUUUUAAGACAUACAGAACCACUCUUGUCUAUGUGAUGCUGAACAGAUACAGGCCGCUUUGUUUUCACAAUUCAAAACUGUUAGUCACUCUCAGUUUAGUAAUUAGAAGCCACGGAAUAAAAAAUACUUUUUUUCUCACAUCAUUUUUUCAGAGUUUAUAAUUCACAAUUGCAAAAGUGAAGAAAUAAAGUCAGAAGUGUGGAUUGAGUAUAUAUCUCACAAUUGUGAGAAAUAGUCAGAAUUGUGAGUUAUAAAUUUAGAAUUAUGGGGAAAAAAGUCACAAUUUUCUUAUUUAUUAUCACAUGGUUGAUAUAUAUCGUGGCCAUGGAUUAAGAAUUUGUUCUCUCUUUAGUAAAUUGUGGAAACUAAUUAAUUUGCACCACGGUAUGCAUAUUUUUUCCACGCAUAUCAUGUGCAGGGCUUCGAAGAAAACAAACCUAAAGAAAUGUUUUAUUUUUUACAUGCUAUUAGACCAAAAAAUGACCUCCAGUUAUUGUAAUUUUAAAUGACUCUUUAAUCCUCAAGAAUUACGUUGGCUGGAAGUGGGUUUGGUCAUGAAACCUGGAGCUUAGUGCAAAUAUGCAAAGGCUAAAACAACCAAUGGUUUAUCACCAAGACCUUGUUUGAAACUUUACAUGUGUUGGCUAUAUUGCGCUGGAAAAAAUGAUAUAUACAGUAUAUAUAUAAAAUACCACAGAUUCAGUGUAUUGAUCCUGCUCUCGAGUCUUAAGCUAUUGUACUCUGUCAACUAAGAUUGUACACAAACAUUGACAUAAACAUUAUUUUUUGUUCUCGUGUCUGUUUUGUUGAAUUAUUUAAUUGACUACUAUGACUAUUUAAAGAAAAAGAAAAAUCUUAAAUGUAAAAGAGGGCAAAAGUGAACAUGGGUUUGAGUACAAUUCUGAAUUACUGUUUCGCUACUGUAUG